CUAACAGUAAAUAAUCUACAUUUGUAUUGAUGAGAAAUUAGUGCCGUAAAACAAAAUCUAACAAAAGGGAAUUUAUAGUGUUUUGUUUGAUGUUCGUUUACGAAAGACUUCCAUAAAAAAAUACUAGGGUAUUUUCGAAGACAGAAUAGCUGUGAAGCCAUCACCAAGGAACUUGACAAGUUUUACUACUUUUAGUGAAAUUUAUUUUCAAAAUGGCAGCUACGAGAAGAUUGCAAAAGGAACUUGGUGAUUUAAGAGCUUCGGCAAUGAAAAAUUUUACAAAUAUUCAAGUAGAUGAGUCGAAUAUUCUCACUUGGCAAGGUCUCAUACUACCGGAUAAUCCACCAUAUAAUAAAGGAGCAUUUCGCAUUGAAAUAAACUUUCCCGCAGAGUAUCCUUUUAAGCCUCCAAAGAUAAAUUUUAAAACAAAAAUAUAUCAUCCAAAUGUGGAUGAGAAAGGGCAAGUGUGCUUACCAAUUAUAAGUGCUGAAAACUGGAAACCAGCUACAAAAACAGACCAAGUUGUACAAGCUCUGAUAGCAUUAGUAAAUGAUCCAGAACCAGAGCAUCCUUUAAGGGCAGAUCUUGCAGAAGAAUUUUUAAAGGAUAGAAAAAAGUUUUUAAAAAAUGCGGAAGAGUUCACAAAAAAGCAUGCAGAAAAAAGGCGGGAAUCGUCAUCUUCUAACGAAUAACCACGAGUGACCAAUUUUACUCACCAUGAUGCCUGCCACUCGUCAGCUAAUUUAAUUCAAACCACGAUAGACUUCUCUGUUACAUGAAAAGCAAGUUGAAUAAGAUACAUGUGUACAGUAUUGGUUAACUACUGACAAUGAUAUUAAUAUGUGCAAAUUGUAAUGUUUAUAAAGUGGAUAAACAAAUUUUUCAGAGCAAAGUAAAAAUAUAAUAAACUAACUGUAUGAUAUUGUAUACAAUUUGUAUUUUGAAGUUGUUAUAUGGAUAUGCGAUCCAUAUGAUUUUAAGAAGCAUAAAAAACAUCACCUGCUCUUUUUUCUGUUGAAAGCAAAGCAAUUAUAGUUUAUUGUGACAAAUAUGACAUUAUAGAGUAAUGUAUUUACCUUCAAUGUUAAAAAAUUACAAACAUGUUAACUCUUCAAAUUAUGGAUAAAUUUUGAUUCAGAUCAAUCAAAUCCACAAACAUUAAAUAAUUAUUACAAAUGUACAUAAAAUAUUUGUAAUUGUUAAAUUGAUCGUAUUGGUACUGUAAUCGUGUUUCGAUUUUAAGUUUGAUUGAAAGUACUUUUCUUAAUGUUAUCUUGAGAAUAUAAUUUUAUCUUCUAAUAGAAAAGAUUAAUAAGUAACUUGAUCUUUCACUUCCAUUUACAAUUGAAUUACUUUCCGUGUAUAUCUAUCUUUUAUAGUAAUAUUACCCUAUUAAACAGUAAAAAAUUAAAUUAAUAUCUUCAUUGUUUCGUUAUUUUAUGUGGCAUAUGACACUGUAUAAUAAUUCAACUGUAAAUUCUGAAAUAUCAAUAUUAGCAUUUAAACAAUUUUAAAUAUAUCUUACCUCACUGAUUACAUGCGUAUAUAAUAAAGAGAUACUAUUGUAUUGAACGCAUUCGUGACGUGAUCCACUACACAUAACAUGUGCGGUAUCAACGGAUCACAUCAUCGUGACAUGUGUUAAUUUGACAAGAAAUGUUAGAAAAUGGAAUAAAAAGGGAUUGGACAGAAUUAA